GCUCCAUUUCCAAAAAGCCACCAAAUCGACCGAUCCAAACAGAGAGACAAAGUCGAGUGAGAAAGAGAGGAGAGUUGCGUUGGGUGUACUUAGAGCUCGAUCAAUCGAGGGGUCUCUAGCUACUUCCAUGGAAUCCAUCAGCGGAGGACGUGUGAGUAGUAGCACUAUCAACAAUACACCUUCCACCGCAGAUCAAAAGGUGGCUGUUGUUGACCCCAUAUCUCCUGAUUUCCGAAAAGCCAUCUCGUCGGUUCUUUCGCGGUGGAAUGGCCUCGAAAUGGCUGUCCAGAACCAGUGGGGUGGCCGAGACUCCACCCACAAAGCUCAGCAGCUCUCUGCCGAUAUUCUCUCUUGGUUCUCUCAAUCCAAAGCAGCACCACGUUACGUGGAAGAUCUCGAAAAUUUGCUCCAUGAACGUAUGAUUCUCUCCUUCAACACAGACAUUGAAGAUGGGAGCAUUGAGGAGGUGGCUGAGCAAUUGAUGAUUGUACAUGAGGAAUACUUGCAUGGAAACCAUUAAUUAGAUCGAUAUCAUCACCUACUCCAGCGAUUUUCUUAGGACCACACAGGUACAUUGGAGUAGAUGAUGAUGAAAUAAGUGUUAGGUCCAUAAAAUGAUGGAGAAAAAUGGAAAUGCACUAAAAAGGUCAACUUUACACAUUUUCCUACUCCGGCUAGGAGAAACCAAGCCAAGCAAGGAAGAAGGAGCGACCACCUGACCAAAUGAACUUCAAAUGAGCUGAAACCUUCCAGAUCCAUUCUAGACAUCCUAAGAAACAUUUCUUAUGAAGAGUGCAAGAGCCAAAAAGAAGUGGAAGGCCUUCAAACAGUCAGCCCAAUGUUCUGCAGAAGCAAAACUGGAAAACUGGACCUGUAAGGAGUCCAGCAGAAAUUCCGGCCCAAACACAUGGAGAUAAAUUCUGAAAAUUUUACAGAAUGAUCUACACUCAUGAUGGAUCAUUUCAUAUGAAGAAGUCACGGCCAAAAUCUGAAGUCUUGGUGGAGAAUUAAUUGAAGGAAAAAUGAGUAGAAAGUGACUCAAACCUAACAAAUUCCAUUAGUGUUUAAAUAUUCAAACCUAAUAAAUUCCAUUAAUGUUUAAAUGCUCAAACCUAACAUAUCAUCAUUUGUUUAAAUCCAAAUAGUUUUGCUUGGUAGCCUAUAAAUAGAGGCUACAACAAAGAAGAAAGACAUUCCUUCAUCCAUUCCAUUUUCUUUGUCUCUCCAUUUCCUUUCCAUUUUCCUUUCCAUCCUCUAGUUUCAAGUUUAGUCAUCUCCACGAGUUCAAGCAAGGCCAAAGAAGAAGAAGAGAAGCCGUGAGCACUUCCAUCCAUAGCCAUCCUUGAAGCUUGCUUUCGAGUUUCAAGAAUCCACAACGUGAAUCAUCCAUCUCAUCUUC